AAAUUGAUUGCUGUAUUAAAAUUUUGUCAGUUAAGGACUUUAGAAGUUCUGAAUCUCAGGAGAGGACUCUCCACACCUUAUAAAUAGCAACGUUAUUUUAAGAAACUUUGCCAUCAACACAUCUGCAGUUUCAUCAUCAUCAUAUUCCACUAUCUUUUCUUUUGUUAUUAUUCUUCUACUCUUUUAUAUUUUGUUCAAACUCGUUACUCAAUACUCGUCAGCAUGACUAUGUUCCUUGAGCAAACUGAUGAUUAUUUUGGGAAUGAUGUAGAAGAAAAGAUGGCACCCACAAAUAAGAAAGAACUUGCCGACGGUGGAUUUGUGGUGCCACAUUUCAACUCAUUUGGCCUCAGAUUUAGGUGAAGAAAAUGAGAGAGGAGUAUGGAAAAAUGAAUAAGGCAGAGAUGGAUAUAUGGAAAUGUUGUGAACUUCUUGAUGGAGUGGUGGAUGAAAGUGAUCCUGAUCUCGAUAUACCUCAAAUUCAACAUUUGUUGCAAACAGCUGAAGCUAUAAGAAAGGAUUACCCUAAUGAAGAUUGGCUUCACUUAACUGGCCUCAUCCAUGAUCUUGGCAAGGUGCUUCUGCUUCCUGGUUUUGGGGAACUUCCACAAUGGGCUGUUGUUGGUGACAUAUUCCCAGUUGGUUGUAGAUUUGAUGAAUCCAAUGUCCAUUACAAGUAUUUCAAAGAAAAUCCAGACUAUAACAAUCCUGCAUUCAACACUAAAUAUGGAAUUUACCCUGAGAAAUGUGGACUUAACAAUGUGAUGAUGUCAUGGGGACAUGAUGACUAUAUGUAUCUUGUGGCAAAGGAAAACAAGAGUACUCUGCCCUCAGCUGCUUUGUUCAUUAUUAGAUACCAUUCCUUCUAUGCAUUACAUAAGGAAGGAGCAUAUAAGCACUUGAUGAAUGAUGAGGAUGUUGAGAAUCUGAAAUGGGUUCAUAUUUUCAACAAAUAUGACCUAUACAGCAAGAGCAACGUUGAAAUUGAUGUUGAAAAGGUUAAACCAUACUAUGUCUCCCUCAUUGAGAAGUACUUUCCUUCUGAAAAGCUGAGGUGGUGAAAUGUUGCAUUGGAGCCAUAAAUGCUGCUUAAAGUGCCAAUAAUUUAGUAUGAUAGUAUCUUAGUGUGUAUGGAGAAAAAGCAAUGAGUUAUGUAUUUGCAGUAGAGUUAGUUUAUGUGUGUGUAUUUGAUGUUAAAUAAGUAAAUAUCAUAGUAUGUAUAGAGAAGAGGCAAUAAGUUAUAUAUUUGUAGUAGAGUUUGUUUAUGUGUUUGUAUUUGGUGCUGAAUAAUUAAAUAAAUUAUCGUUGUAUGAAAUAAUUAUAUUAAGGUUUUUUUAUUCUC